AUGGACGAUUUUAUCAAAAAGAUGAUUCCUUCCAUGCCAAAUGCUUCAAAGCAAGACCUGCAAGACCUGUACAACCACGAGCGACUAAAGCGCAAAAUUCACCGCAAAGGGCCUGCUCCAAAGCUUCUCGGCGACGAAGAGUGCGAGAUUUGUGGCCAAACAGCGAAUGGCUAUCACUACAAUGUACUAUCGUGCGAGGGUUGCAAAGGAUUCUUCCGACGAACGAUCAUUAACGGCAUCAAGUACACCUGUCGCACGGGCGUCAACAACUGCGAUCUACAAACUGCCAUGGCGAGACAACGCUGCCAAAAAUGCAGAAUCAUGCGCUGCUUGAAGGCGGGCAUGAAUCCAGCCUUUGUCCGAAAGCGCAAAAACGACGCCGUUUCCAGCCCAUAUGAAAAUGUUACGGCGAGCCGGCCAAGCGUGAUUGUGAACAAGCUUCCAAAGGACGACGAGGAUCUAAUUCAGGCGACGAUGAUGCCUUGGAGAAUCAGCCUUUGUACUCCUGUCGAUUUUCUGGACGCCUCUUCUUCUUCUCAAAAUCUCUUUUACCGUGCCAUCUCGUCUCUUCAACUACAUAUCAAGAAGAUCUUCAUUGCCGAGCUCCCCUUGGUCGAUCGUUUCUCCGAAGAUCUACUUGACAUCAUCAGCGAAAGCGCAAUAAACGAACUGAUAUUCCUCCACAUCGCAAAUUCUUACGACCCAGUUUCAAAAGCGAUUCGAUUCACGGACGAGCUCAUUUUCACUGCCGACGAUUUGCUCAACAAAUUCACCGUCAAUCUCGGCAUUGUUCGACGACUCUUUCACUUCAUGGAAAAAUUCCAGCAAAUCAUCGAUACUAAUUUCGAUAUCUCCAUCAUCGGCCUAAUUGCCGGUUCCAUUUUCUUCAAGCCAGAUCGAGGAUCGUCCCUGGUCGACGAAGAAAACCUCGCAGAAUUGUCCAAAAUUCACGAAAAAUAUAUUUCGACUCUUCGAUCUUACAUUGAGCGAUACAGAAGCUUCAACAAGACGCUUCUUACAGAGGUUCUUCUUAUGUUCACGACUCUGCGAGAACUCAGCAUCGAAUACAAGCAUCAACAGGUCAGUCAAGGCCUCCUCGGUGCGCUCAUCAAAUCAAUGUCAAACCAAUGCGAAAUCUCUCCCGAGCAGCUCCAACAGCUCGCCCUCAAUCACCGAUUCUACCAUGAACAAGCACAUCACAUGCAACUCUUUGAAAACUGA